GCGAGGAAGAGGAGAAAGAGAGGAAGCUGCGAUAAACAUUGUCACAGAGUGAGUCUAAAGUAGGACAAUAAAGGGAAUCACGGUAUCAAUGCUCGAACAAUGGACUUUACAGAUAUGUUUCUCGUCAAAUUCCUCUAUUUCAUCUACUUAAUAAAUUACACCCAAGGUUACCAUUAUGGAAACCCCCUGAACAAGUAUGUUCAUCACUAUGAGGGUCUCUCCUAUAACACCUAUGAGAUACAUGACAAGCACCUGAGAGCUAAGAGGGCCCUCCACCACCAAGAUGCGUUUCUCCAUCUAGACUUCCAUGCUCACGGAAGACACUUCAACUUGAGGAUGAAGAGAGACGCCAGUCUGUUUGCGGAGGACCUGAAGGUGUCUGUAGGAGGCCAGGAGGUGAACUAUGACACCUCUCACAUUUACACAGGAGAAAUAUAUGGUGAAAAGGGCACACUGAGCCAUGGUUCGGUGGUGGAUGGCAAGUUUGAGGGCUUCAUCCAGACGUACCAGGGGAAGUUCUACGUAGAGCCAGCGGAGAGAUACCUGAACGACCGGGACGUUCCCUUCCACUCUGUUAUCUACCACGAGGACGACAUCAACUAUCCCCAUAGGUAUGGUCCGGAGGGGGGCUGUGCCGACCACUCAGUGUUUGAGAGGAUGAAAAUGUACCAAGCCACUGCCAUAGAGAAGCCAGACAAGGGGCUCCAUUCUGAGGAGGCGCCCAGUGACCCGGUGUUGCUGAGGAAGAGGAGGAUGGCUCAGAUAGAGAAGAACACCUGUCAGCUCUUCAUCCAGACAGACCACCUCUUCUUCAAGUACUACAAGACCAGGGAAGCUGUUAUCGCACAGAUUUCUAGUCACGUCAAGGCUAUAGAUGCCAUCUACCAGGGAACAGACUUCAUGGGCAUCCGCAACAUCAGCUUUAUGGUCAAGAGGAUACGGAUCAACACCACGACAGAUGAGCGGGACCGGUCCAACCCGUUCCGCUUCGCUAACAUCGGCGUGGAGAAGUUCCUGGAGCUGAACUCUGAGCAGAACCACGACGACUACUGUCUGGCCUACGUCUUCACUGACCGGGACUUUGAUGAUGGUGUCCUGGGCCUGGCCUGGGUCGGAGCUCCUGCAGGAAGUUCCGGAGGGAUCUGUGAGAAGAGUAAGCUGUACUCUGACGGGAAGAAGAAGUCCCUGAAUACCGGCAUCAUCACAGUGCAGAACUACGCCUCUCACGUCCCUCCUAAAGUCUCACACAUCACCUUCGCACAUGAAAUAGGACACAACUUUGGCUCGCCUCAUGACUCGGGGUCGGAGUGCACCCCGGGGGAGUCUAAGGCCCAGGAUAAGAAGGAGAAGGGGAACUACAUCAUGUACGCCCGAGCCACAUCAGGAGACAAACUCAACAAUAACAAGUUUUCCGUCUGUAGUGUCAGGAACAUCAGCCAGGUCCUGGAGAAGAAGAGGGGAAGCUGCUUUGUCGAGUCAGGCCAGCCCAUCUGUGGUAAUGGGUUAGUGGAGCCAGGGGAGGAGUGUGACUGUGGGUACAGCGAUCAGUGCAGAGACCAGUGUUGCUAUGACGCCGGGCAGCCUGACAACAGGAAGUGUAAACUAAAACCCAACAAAGUCUGCAGUCCUAGCCAGGGCCUGUGCUGUACUCCUGAGUGCUUCUAUAAGGGUCGUAAUGAGAAGUGUCGUGAGGAGUCUGAGUGUGCCCAUCAGGGCAUGUGUAACGGGGGUACGGCCCAGUGCCCCACCUCUGAACCCAAGGCCAACUUCACCGCCUGCCACGGAGAGACUCAAGUCUGCCUCAACGGGGGGUGUUCUGGAUCCAUCUGUGAGAAGUAUGGUCUGGAGGUCUGUACCUGUGCCAGCGUGGAGGGCAAGGACGAGACUGACGAGCUGUGCCACGUCUGCUGUGGCGAGAAGAUGAACCCCAACACCUGCAGCAGUACAGGCUCAGAGAAACUGGCCCGGUUCUUCAAUAAGAAAAUCACCACGCUGCCUGCGGGGUCUCCCUGUAACGACUUCAAGGGCUACUGCGACGUGUUCAUGAGGUGUCGGCUGGUGGACGCGGAUGGCCCUCUGGCCAGACUGAAGAAGGCCAUCUUCAACCCUGAGCUCUAUGAAAACAUUGCAGAGUGGAUAGUGGCUCACUGGUGGGCAGUGCUAUUGAUGGGUAUCGCUCUGAUCAUGCUGAUGGCUGGCUUCAUUAAGAUCUGUAGUGUCCACACUCCCUCCAGCAACCCCAAACUGCCCCCACCCAAACCACUACCAGGCACGUUGAAGAGGAGAGCCCAGCAGCAGGCCAGGGAGGCCCAGGUGCACCAGUCCCAGUCGUACCAUGGAGGUGUCAGUCACGGCCAGCACCACCCUGUCUCUGGGGGCCAGCGGCAGCAGCCCUCACGCCAGCCCCAGCCCCAGAGGCACCACCGCAGCCAGGGUCAGCCUAGAGAAAACUACCAGAUGGGCCAGAUGAGACGCUGAGACACUGGGGUUCGGGGUGGGGAACGCUGCUCCCUCCAUCGCCUGCUCCUUGCCUUGCCUUGGCUCCUCCUUGUGCCUAUUUAUGUCGCUGCUGGGAUUGAGAUUUGAACCCAUGUCUCCAGGGUGGAAAUCCCACAUCUUCACCAUUUAAACCUAGAGGAUAUUCUUAGAUGUUUUAUGAUUUAGGAUAGAUGGAAUUGAGGGAAAGGGAACAACAGUUUUUAGUUUUUACACGCUUUUUUUAGCAUGUCCUGUUUAUCUAAUGGUUAAGGCCGUUGUGUUGCCACUUGGGAGACCCGGAUUCAAAUCACACCGGUUUACACCUAACAGUGGGAUAAAACACGUGCUUCACUCCACCCAAAGAACAGCCUAAACUGGUUGUUUUACCAUCCCCAUACGUCAGACCCUCCAUCUACAAACAGGACGGAGUUGAGAAAGUUCAAAGACCCCCUCCAACGACCACCACUAGAGCUGCAGCACCUCUUCAAAUAAAGACCCCCUCCAACGACCACCACUAGAGCUGCAGCACCUCUUCAAAUAAAGACCCCUCCAACGACCACCACUAGAGCUGCAGCACCUCUUCAAAUAAAGACCCCCUCCAACGACCACCACUAGAGCUGCAGCACCUCUUCAAAUAAAGACCCCCUCCAGCGACCACCACUAGAGCUGCAGCACCUCUUCAAAUAAAGACCCCCUCCAACGACCACCACUAGAGCUGCAGCACCUCUUCAAAUAAAGACCCCCUCCAACGACCACCACUAGAGCUGCAGCACCGCUGACCUCUUCAGUCUUCAUCCAGCUGUUUUCUGGGGCUCCACCUUUUGGAGUGAGAUCCGCCAUUUUGUCAUUCUGUGGAGUGGAAGUGACCAUCAGCCGUGCAGUGUGGAGUGGAAGUGACCAUCAGCCGUGCAGUGGAGUGGAAGUGACCAUCAGCCGUUGUGGAGUGGAAGUGACUAUCAGCCGUGCAGUGUGGAGUGGAAGUGACCAUCAGCCGUGCAGUGUGGAGUGGAAGUGACCAUCAGCCGUUGUGGAAGUGACCAUCAGCCGUGCAGUGUGGAGUGGAAGUGACCAUCAGCCGUGCAGUGUGGAGUGGAAGUGACCAUCAGCCGUGCAGUGUGGAGUGGAAGUGACCAUCAGCCGUGCAGUGUGGAGUGGAAGUGACCAUCAGCCGUUGUGGAGUGGAAGUGACCAUCAGCCGUUGUGGAGUGGAAGUGACUAUCAGCCGUGCAGUGUGGAGUGGAAGUGACCAUCAGCCGUGCAGUGUGGAGUGGAAGUGACCAUCAGCCGUUGUGGAAGUGACCAUCAGCCGUGCAGUGUGGAGUGGAAGUGACCAUCAGCCGUGCAGUGUGGAGUGGAAGUGACCAUCAGCCGUGCAGUGUGGAGUGGAAGUGACCAUCAGCCGUGCAGUGUGGAGUGGAAGUGACCAUCAGCCGUUGUGGAGUGGAAGUGACCAUCAGCCGUGCAGUGUGGAGUGGAAGUGACCAUCAGCCUUUGCAGUGUGGAGUGGAAGUGACCAUCAGCCGUUGCAGUGUGGAGUGGAAGUGACCAUCAGCCUUUGCAGUGUGGAGUGGAAGUGACCAUCAGCUAUUGCAUAUUUUUUUUCUUAAUUUAUUUGAAUAGAGUUCCAAGGAGUGGAGGAAUGGUUCCAUCACAUAUAGCUUUAGUUGUGUUUUUUUUUUUUCCAUUUGCAAAGUCCCUCCUCCUGAGUGAGAACACGCAUAUGUUCCAAGGCUCCUGGUUGGUUGAAAUGUUUUGUCGGCCAUUUUAGCCAGAAAUGAAAGAGAUUUGCUGGACUUGUGAUUACGACACAACGUUUCAAACUCAACAGCAAAAAGACACAAGGCUCUUCUCUUUGUUUCUCCAUGCAGACUCUCGGAGACAUUCUGACUGACUGUCUCUGACUGACUGUCUGUCUGUCUAAAGAUUUUCAGUGUAACAUAACAUGAGUGAAAAAAACACAACUAUUUCUUCUACUGUAAAUGUACAUAUGAUUCUUUACUGUUUUUGGUUAGUACUGUACUCUCAGGACAGUAACACAAAUGAAGCUAUCUGGAAGGGUGUAUGGGUAAGUUCUGUGGACUGGACACUGAAGUUGGGAAUUUUAACAGAAUUUUCAGCAAUCAAGUUCUCCUUUUGCUGCAAUCAUGGAAUCCUUAUGGAUGGAAUUCUCAUAGUGUUUAGGUUCCAGAGGUAGAACAUAAGGUCACCACCAUAUCUCACUACUUCUCACCUUUGACCUUUGUGACGUUGAAGAGCUCCCUCGUCUCUUCAUCUGGUAUUUUUUGCUAAUAACUUGUUGUGGUGGCGACGUGACAUCUCGUUGUGGUCGCGACAACUUGUUGUGGACGUGACAUCUUGUUGUGGACGUGACAUCUUGUUGUGGACAUGACAUCUUGUUGUGGACGCGACGUGACAUCUUGUUGUGGACAUGACAUCUUGUUGUGGACGCGACGUGACAUCUUGUUGUGGACGUGACAUCUUGUUGUGGACGUGACAUCUUGUUGUGGACGUGACAUCUUGUUGUGGACGUGACAUCUUGUUGUGGACGUGACAUCUUGUUGUGGACGUGACAUCUUGUUGUGGACGUGACAUCUUGUUGUGGACGUGACAUCUUUGUUGUGGUCGCGACAUCUUGUUGUGGACGCGACGUGACAUCUUGUUGUGGACGUGACAUCUUGUUGUGGACGUGACAUCUUGUUGUGGACGCGACGUGACAUCUUGUUGUGGUCGCGACGUGACAUCUUGUUGUGGAUGUGACAUCUUGUUGUGGACGUGACAUCUUGUUGUGGACGUGACAUCUUGUUGUGGACGUGACAUCUUGUUGUGGACGUGACAUCUUGUUGUGGACGUGACGUGACAUCUUGUUGUG